AUAAUACGUCACAACAGUUCCACAGUUGAGCAGAGCAGCAUGUACUUCACACACACGGCAGAUAAUAGGCUUUUAAACUCUGAUACUUACAGUCAGUGGUGUUUAAUUUAUAUAAUUUUUUAUAUCUAGCUGUAUAUCUGUCUUUGUGACACUAGCUGACAUUUGCAGCACCCUCAGCAGUAAUAAUAGCUAGCCAGCCUUGUUUGAAUGUCAGCAUGGCUCUGGCAGCUGCACACAGCAGGUCAGUCAUAUUUGUCAAACGCAAGAUUCUGUAUACUUUGAGGAAAACCUGUCUGUUUUUGUCAACUAAUGACACUAUAAUAGCCGGCCAGAGUAAACCACCAUCAAAAAAACAGUGGAAAAGUCACAAGAAACCUCCCAGGACUGCUCAUCUGUCCUGGGAGGAGAGGCUGGCUGAUGUGGUCACUCCUCUGUGGAGGAUGAGUUAUGAUGAGCAACUUGAGCUCAAGCAAAAACAUCAGGAAAAGAUACUGUCUGAGCUCUCCAGGCAUCUUUCAGGUAACUUACAACCUGUCAGAAGCAAACCCAGUUUCCCCGUGAUGCCUAUUCUGCCAUCCCCAGUUAGGGAUGGCUACAGGAACAAGUCUACAUUUUCUGUUAACAAAGGUGUGGAUGAGAAUCCAAAGACAGUUGGAUUUUAUGUAGGCACAAGCAGGAAGGGGAACAUCGUCUGCGUCAACGGAGACCACCUGCUCAACAUGCCGGAGAAGCACAAACUGGUAGCCAGAUGUUAUCAGGAUUUCAUCCGCCUCUCUUCCCUGGAGCCCUGCCUGCUGUUCCACACUGGGGGUCACUGGAGAGAGGUCACGGUGAGGACCAACGCAGAGGGACGCACCAUGGCUAUUGUGUACUUCCACCCACAGACACUCACCCCAGAGGAGGUGGCAGUCCAUAAGGAUGACCUGGUGGAGUACUUCAUGCGGGGGCCUGGAUCAGUCUGUCAGCUGGACUCACUGUUUUUCCAGGAGAGCACCAUGACUCGUUGCACUCAUGAGGAAUCCCCCUACCAGCUCCUACAUGGUCAGCCACACAUAUACGAGAAGGUGCUGGGCUUCAAAUUCCGCAUCUCUGCCGAUGCCUUUUUCCAGGUGAACCAGGCAGCUGCUGAGGUGCUGUACAGCACAGUGAGACAUCUGUGCGUCCCAAACUGUGAGGAAGGUGGAGAGAGAACAAAAGUCGGUGGUACUCUCCUAGAUGUGUGCUGUGGGACAGGUGCCAUCGGCAUUACCGUCUCUCCCAGAGUGGACAGAAUCAUCGGUAUAGAGCUUAUAGAGCAGGCAGUGGAAGAUGCCAGACACAACGCAGCUCUCAAUAACGUACUGAACUGUGAGUUUAUCCCUGGCAAGGCAGAGGUGGCACUUCCUGGCCUAAUGUCUCAGUUGAGCUCCGCGGGUGGAGGCUUUGUAGCAGCUGUGGUAAACCCUGCUCGAGCCGGCCUGCACCACAAAGUGGUCCGAGCUUUACGGAACCAACCUGCCAUCCGCAGGUUGGUCUAUGUCUCCUGUAAACCAGAUGGGGAGGCUAUGAGAAACUUCAGGGAGCUGUGUUGUGCACCUGACCCGCAGAGGAAACUCACAGGAGAGGCGUUUUCUCCAACUCUGGCUGUGCCUGUGGACAUGUUCCCACAUACUCCUCAUUGUGAAGUGGUGCUACUUUUUGAGAGGUAGCAGGUGCUUUUUGUGCAGAGGUGCCCUUCAAUAACUCUGGUUGCUUUAGAAAGCUAGUGGGGCGACAUCACAAUGGAUAUUUACAAAAUGGAGAGGAUAACAGCAUAUGUUAACCAUAAACUGGAAUUAUUUGUGUCACGCUGGGACAACUGGGUCACCUAUGUGGCACCCCACAGGCCAGAUUUUAUUUUUACAAAUCUAUGAUUGUAUGAUAAUGAAAAGAUCGCUCCCUAUUUGUUCAUACUGUUGUUUUCAAUGUUUGUUUUUAUGUGUAUAAAAUCUUAAAAUACAGCACUUUAAUAAAAAAAAAA